AUGGCACGAGAGUUGCAGCGCCGCGACGACGAUGGCUUUGGUGCCAUCGUGGAGACCCUCGGCUCCGCGGCGGUUGGGGCCGCGAAGCGACGGCCGGUCUCUGUGUCCUUGUGGCUUCUGGGCCUGCUGAUUGCUGCCUUCGCCAAAGGCUUUACUGUCGACGAGGUGACCGAGGAGACGUAUGCCGUGGGGGUGCGACAAGCGCAGGAGGUGCAGGAUCAGGAGCUGCGGACAGCGCUCAGGUCCCUUCGAGCAGCCGAGGAUAAAUACCACAAUGCCAAGGGCUGGUUCUGGAGCUGCGAUGCGAAGUGCCAGAGGGCUUAUGACAAGUACACCAUGGCCAGAGAGGAGGCCGACAGGGUGCAGCAGAAGGUUGAUCGAAUCAUGAAAGACGCGCGGAGAGAGGUGGGCAUUUGGUCCGUGUUUGGAGUCCAGGAGGUUCGGGACCGGUUCUGGGCCGCAUGGCAGUCUGGGAAAGAUCUCGCCAUGAGGUACACGAUGUUCGAUGCCAUCUUCAUGGCCUUCGGUGGGAAGGAGGAGACCCUGGUUAGUAUCUUGCUGAAGCUGGCUUUCCAGUACGCAGCCAAUUUGACUCUGGGCUUAAUCUCCGCCUUCUUCUUCUUCAUGUACCAUGUCUAUCAGCUGUUGGUGAAUUACGGGGAGGAUGCGGUCUCGGGCUUGGCCUUCUUCCUCCUGGUUCUGGUGUCGGCUGCUUCGUUGAUCGGCACCUACCUGCUAACCGUCUACGGUGUCGUGGUAGGCGGCGGACUCUUCGUGCUGAAGCACGCCGAGCGGCAGGCCAUCCAUGGCCAAGGGACUCAAAGGCCUAGACAAGUCCAGUACGGCGGCGGCCGUGUGGGAGGCUACCGGCCUCACCACGAUUGA